GUCUCCCAGGGAAUUGAACAUACUAUGGAGAGUUUUCCUUACGUCAAACGGGCAUAACCUCAAAAAUUACCAAAACAUACAAUUCAGUCCGAGUAACGUGCUUCUGCGGUGGAACUUGCAUCGUGUCUUGAGAAAGUGUUGCAAAGUAGUACGAAAAGGAUGCAAAUGAAGGCCGAGAAGAAGACGAAGAAGUUUGACCGAAACAAGGUGAAGAAGCUGCUUGAGGACGAAAACGAAUUCAUCGUAGACUUGCUGACAACCUUGGAUAUCCCGGAUUCAAUAGAAGAUGAAGAACUUGACGAAAUGUAUCUUCUCAAUACUAAAUCAAAAAAGAAACCGCCCACAGCAAAAACGAAUCGUGCUCAAACUGCCGAAGAGCUGGAAGACCGCCUUGAGAUCAUCAAAAAUAAAAUGAAGGCGAAAAAAUCAAAAGCUUCGGAACGCACGCAAAAAAGACGAGAAAUGAAAAAACUUAAAAAGAAUAAGGAAGUGCGAAAGAUCCUCGUUAGCGCCCACAAGGCUGUCAAAAACGAAAAAAUCAAAGAAGAAAAAUCCGGAGAUGAUAGUAAGGAAGAUAGCAAGCUAAUCAAUCCCAUUAAGCCAAUUUUCAAUCAAGAGGGAAAAAUUGUCUUCUCGAAAUUCGACUUUGCCGCACAUCCCGGUGCCAAGGUGAAAAAACCGAAACGCGAACGUAUUGAGAAAAAUCCACGAAAAGUACUUAAAAACCUGAAAGAGCAGAAGAAGCAAAUCAAUGAACUAAUCGAACAAGGUGAAGAUAAAAAAGCUAUGGAAAUUAAGCAGGACCAAGCAUGGAAGAAGGCUUUUGACAAAACCGAAGGCAAGAAGGUAAAAGAUGAUCCGUCUCUGUUGUUGAAGUCAAUUAAAAAGCGGAAGGAUCAGAAAAAGAAAUCAAAGAAAGAGUGGAAGGACAGGAAGGCGAAGGUUGAGCACGAUAUUGCACAACGGCAGAAGAAACGUCAAGAAAACAUCCAGAAAAAGAUUAAGGAGAAGAAAAAUAAGAAGCUAAAGAAAUUGGCGAAACGAGGACGAGUUAUUCCUGGAUUCUGAGAAUCUUGUGUAGAGUUGUGUGAUGUCAUUUGUAUGCAAGAAUUUAGAAUUAAGAAGUUAAGCAAUAAAAUGUUUACAUUAAGGAAAA